ACGCUCUAAUGUCAAACCGCUGCAUGCCGCUCAUUCGCGCACGUAAACAAACCGACGCGAUGGAGAAUUUUUCCGAAAUUUUCAUCACAAUUAAACCGCUGUUCGAUGCGGUUAUAAGAAAACCGACCAAGGCAGGAAUAUUAAAGCUUAACGAACAUCUAAAGCAAGUGGACAGCAACAGUGUGCAGAUCUUGCAGAACAUUUUUCUCCAGCAAUUGAUCAUACUGGUCGACGCAGUACCGGGACAAAAUCAAAACGAAUUAAAGACUCAUCUGCUAGAAUGCAUCAUCACCAUUCUGCAGAAAGGUCGGCUUACGAAAGCGGUGGCACUGAAAACGACGCUCCUAGCCACCACCAAACUGAUAUACGACAAAAAAACAGGGAAGUUGCGUCCCAACCUCUCGGAAGAGUACAAGUUGGCCGUGCUGAAGGUGCUAUCGUUCGCCACACGCAACAUCCAGUCGGAGCUGGUCGAGGAAAUUUACGUGAAGGAAAAUUUGACCCUCCUUUCGCAAGCCAUCUUUGUGUGCGUCCGGAUAGUGGAAACGGAACGCGCACGCAAGCUUCGUUUUCAGGCAGUUGAUUCAGUGCUGUCGCUGCUGCAGAUACAUGAUGGUUUUGAUUUCAACGACAUAGUGCUUCGGUGCCAGGUGGCGGAACUGUUGUUUAUCGCCUUACCAAAGCUGCUGGCCAUUUACGUGUCCAUUAUCAAUGGUGACGAAAAGCAGGGUACGGCCGUGUACCGGAUCGCCAUUAAAGCGCUCGGCCGAACGCUUAGUUUAAUUUUUGAAGACUAUUCAAAAAACGCAACCAACGAGGAGUACUGCAUCGAACGCUUCCUCCAGCUAACAGAAAGUUUUACCGAAAAAGACAGGAACGCUAAUGUGCUGGGUUUGGGAUUGCGAGAGAAUGAUAAAAUCAAAUAUUUCAACGAGACGGCACGAACGCGGGAGUGGCUGCUGCAGGCGGAGAAGAAGGUAGAACAGGUACUGCAACUCAUUCUUCAUCUUCGCGGGCAUGAGGAGGAACUGGUACGGCUAGAGUUUGCAAAAAUGAACUGUGAAUUGUUAAGAAACUGCACGUAUAACAUGCCCAGCUGUACCGUGCACUAUCUGCAAACCGUAAUCGCCAUGUGCCACGAUGAAUCCGAACGCGUUCGCAACGUGUGCGAAAAGUGUCAGGAAUCCAUGCCCUAUUUUACGAUAUCCUUCGCUGGAAACCGUAUCGAUGAGAUGUUUUUCGAUGCACUCAACCGGAUGCCACGAAUCAUCUACCGCGGGGAAGAGCGUGAGCAGAUAUCUAGCUUUCGGUUGAUUACUGGAUUCCUUAGCUUUUUCUCCGAAUCGCAACUGGCAAGCGUCUUCUCGUGCCAAAACAUUCUCGAACAGUUCAUCAUGGUACUGCUGGCCGCAGCCGAGCUAGAAAGUGUCGACGAGCUGAUUCGGAGAGAGUACGUUUCCUACCGUUUUGAGUACGAAGAAGGCUUUCACUUGCAGAAGGAGAAAAAGGAAUCACGAUGGAUUGUCCUGAAGAACGUGUCAUCUCCUCGAACCAAGCAAUCUUUCCUCGAUCUCAUCCACAAGCUGCGAAAGCACGAACAAGCAGUGCACACGGUACUGAUGUACAUCUUGGAAGACUUUUACGCCUCGAGGCUAAAUAGCAACGGUUAUCUGUUCAUUUUGAGCGAAUUGAUACCGGACUCGAGCGAUGGAAACCGUCCACCGCUGGAGCCAUACAAGACAUUGCUCUCCGAGGUGCUACAACCGCACCACUGGUUCUUGGAGUUGGAUGAAAAUGACAACAUAGCGGAUCAGAAGUAUAACGCGCUACACGUCUGUCUCGUGGUUCGCACCAUCGCCCGACUCGCACGCCUUAUGAGGGAACAAUUCCAUUGGUACCUGUACGAUUCGUUGCGAAUACUCUUGCAAAGCUGUGGCAGCACACUGAACUGCAUCAACGAGUCGACCGAGCUGGCACUGGACGUGGUAGCCAACUCGCAAGGGCUGUCCAGCAUCGAACAGUUGAUUCAUCACAAUCUCGACUACAUAUCGCAGCAGGUUACCCGGUGCUUGAGACGCAAAGAACACUUCCGGGACGGUAUGAACAUUCUGGAAGCUGUGCUACGCUUCGUCCCGUACGAAACCUCGAAUGUGCUGGAAACAACCGUCACACCGAUCAUCAUGAAUAUCCUCGACAGCUACUCACAGUACGGCGAAAAGAACUCGAUCGUUUGUCUUCGGGUGUUGCAGAUAUUUAUCCACUCCAUCAAAUUGCGCUACGAGCACGUGGGGAUCUCAAACCCAACGGAUAACUCGAAUGAAAAAGUGGCUACCAAUCUUACGGAACAGAUCGAGCGAUUGCAAACAUUGCUGCAACGGGAAAUUGCAAACGAACCGGAAGAUAUUGAAUUCAAACCGGAUGAAGCGAGUGCAGCGAUGGAUCAGACAGAUGAGCAGCAAGAAACAGAACAUGAAAAUGAACCGGAAGCUGAAGAGAAUAAAGACGACGAAGCGCCGCUGCCCGCACACGUGAAGAUAGUGUUGCGUAUACUGACGGUUAACUUCAAACAUCUCGCUUCGUCCGACGAUGCCGAACGGAUCGUUGCGCUGUGUACGCUCAACGAGGGAAUAUAUGUGCUGCAACGGUAUGAAAAUCAACUCCUACCUCUAGUGCACAAUAUCUGGUUCAACUUUACCGAGCGGUUCUCCGAUCGCAAUCCUGCCGUGGUAAGCAAUGCGUUCGAUCUGUUGGUGACUCUGGCACGACUGGCGAAAGACUUCAUCCGCAACCGUUCACUCGACGAUGUACUUCCGAAACUGUACAAGUUCAUGAAGGACCACUGGAACGCGGACGCAAGCGCACACCAGGUGUACAAACUGCAGUGCAAGUUUCUCACCUCGAUCGAUGAGCUGGUGCGAAAUUUAAACUUCAGCGAGAAACAGCUGGACCAAGUGCUUGAGGUCAUCCGCCUGUACUGGGAGAAAUGUGAACGACGGGAGCUGAAAAAACGGGCCGCUGAAUGUAUGCAGCGUAUGCGGGCCAUCAAUUCGCUAGCGGUCUUUCUGAAGUGUGGCUGUAAAGUUGUUCUGCAGUAGGUGUGUGAUGAAAUUGUAUCGUAAAUCCUAGCAACCCAUGACCAGCAGCAUUGUGGUUUUGAAGAAGACACACACAAACACACACGCGCACAGGGGCUCAGCUUUGUAAUUGGGAUAUGUUUUGAAAACAUGUUCCCAAGCCAAGAAACGAGCGAAACCCAGAGGACAGAGCCUUUGAAGUACGAUAAAUUGUGGCAGGAAAGUUUGGAAAUUAAAUUAGAAGUAGAACACACCUUUGAACAGCAAACCGGAGUGAAGUUAGUAAAGCGAAGCGUUGAACCAAUGGAUAAUAGGCAACUAAAACCUACCAAUGUAUCCAAAAUUGUUCGGCCCGGAUUCAGUCGAAAGCAGCUGGCGCCUUUCUACGAGAGGACUAAACUGUUGCGCACUGUUCUCGAGCAGCAAGUAACGAGAAAGCUAGAGCCAUCCAAUAUCCCGAAAUCAUUGGGCACGGUUAGAAGGCAGCUGAAUUUCACCAACGCUGAGCAAUCGCAAGCACAAUCGGUGGAAGAGCAAACGGAUCCUUCGCUGGGAAUAUUGCAGCCGCAUGAGAUGGAUUUCGGCAGCUUCCAGACCAGCACCGCAAAUAGCAGCCAAAACCGUUCCUCUCACAAUGCCGAUAGCAUUUUAAGCGAUGGACAAAUGGCUUACAAUAGUUUCGAAACGUCCGGCUCAAAUAUUAACAUCGAGUAUUUACUUGAACGCUUGCAGCAUCAAAUCGUGCUGCACAACACACUGCUCGAUGCGUCGGAAAAGUUUCCAAAAUCAUCCUCGAUAGAAAAUCUAGUCAAACAGUGCAUGAAAGGUACGGAAGCGCUAAACGCCCUGAAGCAGCGUGUAUCCGCUUACAAACAAGCCAAACAAGCUGCCAGGAAAAGCGUACAAAAUUCCAUCGCUCACGAAUUACCCCACCUCAUCCAUACUACUGUUAGCUGUGCGGAGGAGUUACAACAAUUGUCCCAAGAAAUUGUGCAACUGUCCGGAUCUGUUGAUGCGGAUCUGCUGAAUCGAAGUUCUGCCACAGCGCAAAGCAUCCAAGAUGCUUCGUUGCGUCUGAAGGAAAUUGAACAAAUGUGGCAAAACAUGCCCACACCGGACGAGGAAGACGCAUCGCUCGGUCUAUUGCACGAGUCUGCGAUGGAAGCAUCGGGACAAUUUUUGGACACAGUGUCCAACUCUCUAAAUGAUAUCUUCGAACAAGUAAAUCGCUCUCUGGAAGAGGUUCUGCAAACACCGAACACGGAAAGCUUAAACAAAUUGAAGGCCAACAUGAAAGAGUGCAAAGAACUGCUGGCGGAUAUCACGCAGAACCAUUCGUUGCUGUUGGAAGAAACGAUGCCAUCGCUGGUGGAAUCGUGCCAGGAGGAUGAGAUCUCGCUACUGAAUACCGUUACUGGUGAGCUGGAUAAAUCGUGCCAGUCCGAAAUUGAAGCUUUUCUGCAGAUAUGGAAACGGCCGGAAAAGGAACAGUUUCUCCAUUUUUCAAAGCAGACUAUUGAUGACCUUUCCUGCUUACGGCAGGAGACAAACGAUAUGUUGGAAAAAGUCGUAGCUUCCCACGACCGUCCGAACCAAUCGUCAAACCGAAGAAAAUAUUUAAUCGAACAAUUAAACGUACUGCGGGAUGCUACUGCAACAGCGUCCAAGCCUAUUUAUACAUCGAUCCUUAUGAAAGAUUACAUCGACGAGGAUGAUCUUUGCGCCGAACAGGAAGCUCUAGUGCAAGAAUCGCUCCCAAAAAUGGAAUCAUUCAAGCGAACGGUCAAAUUUACGGAGCGCGUCGGUGAAGCUAUACCCCCCAUUACGAAGCCUGUCCACAAUACCGAUCAAAUACACCACCAAGUGGAAAGUCGUCUCCAAA